GUUCAUUUUUAUGUUGAGAAUGACAAUCUGAAUUUUGCACAGGUUCGAUUUAAAGCGACAUUUUCCCUGCUAUAACAAAUUUGUAAAUUCUUUUUGUUCAAAAGCUACCGAACCAAGAGGAAAACAACAUGUCUCGCGGAAGUUCAGCCGGCUUUGACAGACACAUUACAAUCUUCUCUCCGGAGGGACGCCUCUACCAAGUGGAGUACGCCUUUAAGGCUAUCGCCCAGGAGAACAUCACCACGGUGGCGCUGAAGAGUGGCGACUGUGCCGUGGUGGCCACCCAAAAAAAGGUCACCGAGAAGAAUAUUGUGCCUGAAACAGUGACCCACCUGUUCCGCAUCACCAAGGACAUUGGGUGCGCAAUGACCGGACGCAUGGCUGAUUCCCGCUCACAGGUGCAGAAGGCCAGGUACGAGGCCGCCAACUUCCGCUACAAGUACGGCUACGAUAUGCCCGUGGAUGUGUUGUGUCGGCGAAUUGCGGAUAUCAACCAGGUGUACACACAGAAUGCCGAAAUGCGUCCGCUCGGCUGUAGCAUGGUGCUGAUCGCGUACGACAAUGAAAUUGGACCCAGCGUUUACAAGACGGACCCGGCUGGCUACUUCAGCGGAUUCAAGGCCUGCUCCGUGGGUGCCAAAACUUUGGAGGCCAACAGCUAUCUGGAAAAGAAGUACAAAAACAACUUGUCCGAGGAGAAGGCGAUCCAGCUGGCCAUCACCUGUCUGUCCAGCGUGCUCGCUAUUGACUUCAAGCCGAACGGCAUUGAGAUCGGCGUGGUCAGCAAGACCGAUCCAACUUUCCGUAUUUUGGAUGAGAGGGAGGUAGAGGAACACCUCACCAAAAUCGCCGAGAAGGACUAAGAUUUGUUCCGCUAAGUGUAAUUUUGUCAUUUUAUAAAGCCUCUUCUUGGAUCUAUGGUUAAAUAAAAAAUGCUCUUGGCUUGCAUUCAAAACAAAGGCAAA